AUGUCAGCAGCCUGGGUGGUUGCCGCUGCUCUCCUGCUGGUCAGCCCUGGCAGGGGUGCCCACACCUCGUGCCCAUCGCUCUUCCACCUCCCCGGGGACCUCAUGAUCGAGGGACUCUUCCCGGUCCACAGCAACAGCACAGGGAGGAACCGGAGCAUGGGGCAGCUGCCCGUCUGCCGCGGACUCAAUUCUUGGGGCUACUCUCAGUUCCAAGCCAUGAGGUUGGCUGUGGAGGAAAUAAACAAUUCUUCCCACCUGCUGCCCAACGUCACCUUGGGGUACCACAUCUGGGACACCUGCGAAGAAAGCCUUUAUCUCCAGGCGGUUCUUCAGCUGGAUCCGGACGGGGAGCACAACUCUCGAGCCGGUUAUUCCGACCGAGUCGUUGCCGUGGUUGGCCCCGACACCACCGACAUGACGCACCUGUUGUCCAGAAUCCUCACCUUCUACCAGUUCCUGCAGAUCAGCUACAACGCCAAAGAUCAGAUCUUCACAGACAAGAGGCAGUUCCCGCUGCUCUUCCGCAUGGUGCCCAAUGAGAACCACCAAACACGUGGGCUCCUCUCUCUGGUCCAACAGCUGGGCUGGAAGUGGGUCUCGGCCGUGGGCCAUGGCACCCAGGCCAGCCAGACGUCGCUCCAGAUGCUGAUCUCCGAGGCCAGGGCCCAGGGCAUCUGUGUUUCUUACCAAGGGCUAUUGGCCAACAGGGACUGGACCUUGGUUUCCAGGGAACAGCUGAAGAAGGUGAUCGAGAACAUAGAGAGGACCAAGACCAACGUCACCCUCCUGCUGGUCGACAACAGUGUCGCUCAGAGUUUCUUCCGCGUCGUCGUCGAGCUGAAGGUCACCCGGAAAAUCUGGAUCGCGCCCGAGACGUGGGUCUUAUCUGAGGAGGUCAGCAACCUGCCAGGCAUAGAGACCGUCGGCACUAUCCUUGGACUGACCAUCAAGCCCGUCAUCCUGCCUGAAUUCUUACCUUUUGUGAAGAAAACGCUGCGCUGCAACCCCUGGAAUGGCCUUUCCCCUUCUGAACAGCAGGCUCUGAAGAACGUAGGGGGCUGCUACCAGUUCUGUAGCGACUGCCACUCCCUCUCCCUGGAGAUCCUGGAGGACGUGCUGAACUCCCGCAUCUGGCACUGGUCCUUCUACUCCUACGCCGCCAUCUAUGCUUUGGCCCAGGCUCUCCACCAGCUCCUGGGCUGUGACCAUGAAAGCUGUCCUACAAAGGAGGUGCUCACACCUUGGCAGCUUUAUGAGAUCCUGGCCCAGGUGGACUUUUCCCUGCAGAACAACACCAUCAAGUUCAGCAACCAGACCGACCUUUUCCUCGGCUAUAACGUGAUCACCUGGAACUGGGUGAACGGUUCCCUGGACCACAAGACCAUCGGCAACUACAGUGCUCAGAGCCUGAUCAUCGACCAGAGUAAAAUCAAGUGGCCAACUCCAGACGGCCUGUGUUUCAUCAUCAACCCCCCAGGGAGCAAUCCUCCGGCCAUUGCAGAGACUGGGGAUUUGAACCCUGUUCUCCAAGCUCCUAGUCAGUCACUCUAUCUAUUCACUACAUGUACAGUUAAAAGAAGCUGCUGGUGGGUCUCAGGCAGGCAGGAAGUGCCCCCUGCCGCUUGGAGCACCUCAGCUAGCGGAAUGCCCAAGACAAGCCCCUUUGAGCAGCUUUCCUGGUGGCAGCAACAACAAAACCCUCCGCUUGACUCACUGUUUCUUCCCGAGGUUCCCACAUCCACUUGCGUGACGGAGUGCAAGGCGGGGCAGAUCCGAAGCAAGCAUACCUUGGACGAGUGCACCUGUCGUUGUGACAGCUGCCCGGAAGGAACCUACCAGAACCAAACGAAUUCGGACUUCUGUCUGCCGUGUCCCCCCCAGAUGUGGUCCCCCAAGAGGAGCAGCACCUGCUUCUACCCUGUCAUCACUUUUCUCAGCAUCCGCGAUACCACCGUGGCCGCCUUGAUCAUCGUCUCCCUGGUGGACUUCUCCCUUCUGUGCGGCUGCCUGCUGGUGUUCGCCCUCCACCGGCAGACGCCCGUGGUGAGGGCCGCCGGCGGGAAGCUGGCCUUUGUGAUGCUGGUCUCCCUCCUGGCAUCCUGCACCACCACUCUGCUCUUCGUGGUGGAGCCCACCCCUCUGGGCUGCUUGGUCCGGCAGCCCAUCUUUGCCCUGAGCUUCACCCUCUGCAUUUCCUGCCUGCUGGUCCGCUCCUGCCAGAUCGUCUUCAUCUUCAAGCUGGCCCGGCGGCUGCCCUGGGCUCACAAGCUCUGGCUCAAGUACCAGGGCGCGUACGCCUCGCUCGGCCUCAGCGUCCUGCUGCAAGGCGGCCUCUGCGCCCUCUGGCUCAGUUUAUCCCCGCCCUCCUUGCAAGCCGACGUCGUCAGCCCUCGGGAGAUCUUCCUGCGCUGCUCCGAAGGGCACGUCUUGGGCCUGGGCUCCGUGCUGGGCUUCCUGGGACUGCUGGGAGCAGCCUGCUUCGCCCUGGCCUUCUGGGGCCGGAACCUGCCCAAGAACUACAGCGAGGCGCGGCUGCUGGCCCUCAGCAUGCUGGUCUUUCUGAUGGGCUGGGGCUCCUUUAUGCUCAUCUACGCCACCACCGAGGGCAAGGGCCGGCAGAUCGCCACCCUGCAGAUGUUCACCGUCCAGACGAGCGUCUACGCCAUCCUGUGCACUUUCUUCCUCCCCAAGUGCUACAUCAUCCUCUUCAAGCCCCAGCACAACACUGUGGCUCACUUCCAGACCUGCAUCCAGACUUACACGGCCACCCCGCAAACCAUGACGCCUUGAGCACGGCACAGGCUGUGGCUUUUUGCUUCCGGCGAGAACAACCUGGCCUGGGACUCUUAAGGCCCAAGCAGGAAACGCUCUCAACACUCACCGGGGUCUAGAAAACCCCGGUGUGAGGGUCAGAGGUGAGAUCUUUGCUAGAGACUCAAGAAAGGGACACGGGAAAGCAGGGGAAAGCCGGCGGGUGGGGCGUCUUGCAGCGUGGAGGCAAAUCGGAAGAGGUGUGCCAAGCACACACCUGCGCACCACCGGCGCCUACCCUGGGGGCGUCAGACUUUGGUGCAGAAUGCCCAAACCCCAUUUGCAGAGCAUUCCUCGAUUUUAAGGCUGCGUCUUCUUACAACGAAGCAGCUGCCCCUCCCGCCCCUUGGCAUGCCCACUUAGAGAAAGGAUGAUGGAGAGCAGAGGAAGCUUUUUCCCCCUCAAUCAAAAAGAAGAUCCACCACCAGGGAUCUCUCUUCCCGAGAGCCUUGCGGCCAGGAAACCACGCCAGCUUUUAGGAACACAUACGCUCCGGAGGUCCUUACGAUUCAGGGUUGGUGGAUCCCCUACAGCAGGCUCACCAAGCCCACCUGAAAAAGAGGCGAGUCCCACGUACGCAUUACGAGCGAACCGCUUUUCCAUCUCUCUCAUGCUCGCUCACUCGCUCUCUGUGCCGUUUGCACGGGUGAUCUGAAAAGCGGGCGAAAGGUUUGUUUUAAAGAGCCACCCAAUGUGAUAACGCCCAUGAGGUCAAGGCUGGCAUCUGGCAUUCGGCGCCUUCAUACUUUUGAAGCUGUCCCUCUCUUUCUCGGAGCUACGUACCUC